AAGGGGCCGCCCGGAGCCCCAGCUGUGUGCGCCCCAGCCGAUCGGGCGGGCAGAGAAUGCGGCGCUCUUGGCCGGUCCCGGAGCUCAGCGCGCCCCGGACAGCAGCGGGCGCGGGCAGUUGAACCUCCCCCCAAGCCCCAGACUUGUGUGUGUGAAGGGAGGACCCGGCUUGGGCCGAAGAGUCUGGGGACUUUUUCUUGGCUUUCCAAACCCUAGCUUAGGGCUGGGAGGCUCGAGGUUCCCGCGCCAGAGGGGUUGGACACACGUGGAGACCUCGGGGGACGCGACCCUGCAGUGGUGCGGAGGGAGAGUGGUUGGCUCUGCCAAGUGUGCUGCCUCCGGGGAACUCCCCUGGAUCGCCUCGCCCCCCGCCCACAGGCAGCGCCUGGGCUUGAAGCCUCUCCGCCCGGGAGGAGAUCGACUGGGGGCGGAUGCUAGUGGGGAAGAGCUGAGGCACUUUGCGGUAGGAGAAAGUCUUCUGAAAAAGAGAGAGGAUAGAGUAUCAGACGCCUACCCCCUUGUCCCUUUUCUCUUCUUUCUUGGGGGACAACCCGGAGUUCAGGAGAUAUGGCCCGGGUCAUGUGCACUUUCCUUUCUCCGGGCCCAGGAGGUUCGCCUUGAGCCCAAAGCUGAGGCGAGCCGGACUCUGAGGCGUUGCAUCCGUGGGAGCGGACACUGACUCUCUUGCGUUUCCCCGACUCCGGGUUCUGGGUCAGAGGCAGUGGGAGCCGGCUGGCUUCGGUGGGCCCGUCGGGCGCCGCCACCAUGGAGGAGUGGCGGCAGUGUGGCCGCUGGCUCAUUGACUGCAAAGUCCUGCCCCCCAACCACAGGGUAGUGUGGCCCUCGGCCGUGGUCUUCGACCUGGCCCAGGCGCUGAGGGAUGGGGUCCUCUUGUGUCAGUUGCUACACAACCUCUCACCUGGAUCUAUAGACCUCAAGGAUAUCAACUUCAGGCCACAGAUGUCCCAGUUUCUAUGUCUGAAGAACAUUCGGACCUUCUUGAAAGUCUGCCAUGAUAAGUUUGGGUUACGGAACAGUGAGCUGUUCGAUCCUUUUGACCUGUUUGAUGUCCGAGAUUUUGGGAAGGUCAUCUCUGCAGUGUCUAGACUCUCUCUGCACAGUAUUGCACAGAACAAAGGAAUUAGACCCUUCCCUUCAGAAGAGACCACAGAGAAUGACGAUGAUGUAUAUCGGAGUUUGGAAGAGUUGGCUGAUGAACAUGAUCUGGGUGAGGAUAUCUAUGACUGCGUCCCAUGUGAAGAUGAAGGUGAUGAUAUCUAUGAGGAUAUUAUUAAAGUAGAAGUCCAGCAGCCUAUGAAAAUGGGAAUGACAGAAGAUGACAAAAGAAAUUGCUGCUUGCUAGAAAUUCAGGAAACAGAAGCCAAAUACUACAGGACUCUUGAAGAUAUUGAAAAGAACUACAUGAAUCCUCUGAAGCUGGUGCUGAGCCCUCUGGACAUGACAGCCAUCUUUAUCAACCUGGAGGACUUAAUUAAAGUGCACAACAGCUUCCUAAGGGCCAUUGAUGUAUCGAUGAUGGCUGGUGGGAGCAGCCUGGCCAAAGUCUUUCUAGAAUUCAAAGAAAGGACUUGGCGAUGUACAUAAAUGAAGUCAAACGGGACAAAGAAACCUUAAAGAAAAUCAGUGAAUUCCAGAGUUCUAUAGAAAACUUGCAAGUUAAACUGGAAGAAUUUGGGAGGCCAAAGAUCGAUGGAGAAUUAAAAGUCCGAUCAAUUGUAAACCAUACCAAACAAGAUAGGUAUUUAUUUUUAUUUGAUAAAGUGGUGAUUGUCUGUAAGAGGAAGGGCUACAAUUAUGAGCUGAAGGAGAUCAUCGAGCUGCUCUUUCACAAAAUGACAGAUGAUCCAAUGAAUAAUAAGGACAUCAAGAAGUGGUCUUAUGGGUUCUACUUAAUUCACCUGCAAGGAAAGCAGGGCUUCCAGUUUUUCUGCAAGACCGAAGACAUGAAAAGGAAAUGGAUGGAGCAGUUUGAAAUGGCCAUGUCAAACAUUAAACCAGAGAAGGCCAAUGCAAACCAUCACAACUUCCAGAUGUACACAUUUGACAAGACCACCAACUGCAAAGCAUGCAAGAUGUUCUUAAGGGGGACUUUCUAUCAAGGCUAUCUUUGCACUAAAUGUGGGGUUGGGGCACAUAAGGAAUGCUUAGAAGUGAUUCCACCCUGCAAAAUAAGGCCCAUUGGAUACAUAUGUCUACCUAAAUAUAUCUGCAACUGUUCUCCUGUAGACCCGGACGCACUAAGUACAGGAGCUGGUCCUAAGAUGGUAGCCGUGCAGAAUUACCAUGGUAUCCCAGCUCCUCCUGGGAAGCCAGUUUUGACAUUCCAAACAGGCGAUGUGAUUGAACUGCUGAGAGGUGACCCUGAGUCACAGUGGUGGGAAGGAAGGUUAAUGCAGACCAAGAAGUCCGGUUAUUUUCCUAGCUCAUCUGUGAAGCCCUGCCCUGUGGAUGGACGGCCUCCAAGCAGUAGGCCCCUAUCCAGAGAAAUAGACUAUACCACAUACCCUUGGUUUGCAGGCAAUAUGGAGCGACAACAGACAGACAACUUGUUGAAAUCCCACGCAAGUGGGACAUACUUGAUCCGAGAAAGACCUGCGGAGGCAGAGCGAUUUGCGAUAAGUAUAAAGUUCAAUGAUGAAGUGAAACACAUUAAGGUGGUGGAGAAAGACAACUGGAUUCAUAUCACAGAAGCAAAGAAGUUUGAAAGUCUAUUGGAGUUGGUAGAAUACUACCAAUGCCACUCGCUCAAGGAGAGUUUUAAACAACUGGACACUACCCUGAAGUACCCUUACAAAUCUCGAGAACGCUCAGCCUCGAGAGCCUCCACCCGGUCCCCAGCUUCCUGUGCUUCCUACAACUUUUCUUUUCUCAGUCCUCAGGGCCUCGGCUUUGCCUCCCAGAGCUCCUCCACACCCUUCUGGUCAGUGUUCACUCCUCGUGUCAUUGGCACGGCCGUGGCCAGGUACAACUUUGCAGCCAGGGACAUGCGGGAGCUCUCGCUUCGAGAGGGUGACGUGGUGAAGAUCUAUAGCAGGAUUGGUGGUGAUCAGGGCUGGUGGAAGGGAGAGACCAAUGGAAGGAUUGGCUGGUUUCCAUCAACAUAUGUGGAAGAGGAGGGUGUGCAGUGACGCUGGAUCUGGGGCAGAGCCCAUGGAUUCUCUCAGAAGAGUCUCUCUAGAGUGGUGCAACCUCUAGUUAAUUCGAGGGAAAUGUCCUCCAAGCUUCCAGUAUUAAACAGCCUGAAGGGGGUGGGGGA